AUGAUGAAUCUCACCUCAGUCCGCCAGGCCAAUUGGGGUCAGGAAUGGCGCUCCUCCUCGUGGUUCAUCGUCGCCGCCAUGGCAAUGGCCUUGUUCACGGACACAUUCCUAUAUACGUUCCUCGUCCCUAUUCUCCCCUACGUGGUUGAAGAUCGCCUCGGUCUAGACGCCUCUCUGACUCAACGUAUCAGCUUCGCGUUACUGUCCGAAAGUGCCCUUGUAGCCGUCGUGCUGAACCCGUUCAUUGGGCACUAUGCUGAUAAGUCGGCGUCCAAGCGAGUCUGGCUGCUGACGGCGUUGGUGGCCGCCCUCCUGGGCUCGGUAUAUUUGGCUCUGGCGACGUCGGUGGUCGACGUUUUCAUUGGCCGGUUUAUUCAAGCCAUCGCCAGCUCGUUCAUGUGGGUGGUGGGAUAUGCAACAAUAGCCGACAGUGUCGACUCGAAGCGUCUGGGCAUGAUAUACGGUAUCAUCUCCGUGGCUGCGGCUGUAGGCCUGUCCGCAGGGCCCAUGGUGUCAGGUGUGCUGUUCAAAAUAGGCGGUUAUUGGACGGCUUGGGCCAGCGCUUUUGCAAUCCUUCUUGGGGAUAUCGUUUUGCGUCUGCUCAUGCUGGAGAAUCCCCGGAGGAAGAGAGAUUCUGCAGAGAAGCAAUCGGAUUCUUCCCUUGUGGAGGACGACACACUCGAGGAAAACGCGCCGCUUUUCCACCCGGACAAUGACACAUCGGCCGCCUCUCGCGCCACGGCUUUACCUGAGACAAUUGGCGAGAAGACAGGUCUACAAUUCUACGUGUACAUGUUUCGACACCGUCGAUUCGUGAGCGGGGUACUGGGCUAUUUUGCCUUUGCGAUAUUGAUCUCCAGCUUCGACACGACUCUUCCGCUGCACGUCCGUGAUGCGUUCGAUUGGGAUAGUAUGCCGGCGGGCCUGAUGUUUCUGGCCUUGCAAGGUCCAGGCAUUGCGCUCAGUCCCCUUUGUGGCUGGUUGAAGGACCGCGUUGGGACACGGAUCCCUACCACGGUCGGUUUUCUGGCCUUGGCGCCUCUGCUGUGGCUGCUGGGGAUGCCAGGUGAUGAGCGUUUCCCGUGGGCAAAUCAAGGCCAGAGGGGCCCGAUCAUCUAUGCUGUGGAUGUUACGGCCGUGGGAAUCGUAUCGGUUCUGCUGAACGGCGUUGGCAUAAUUGAAGCUACCACGACCGUUGACGAAAUCGAGAAACGACACCCUGGCAUAUUCGGACCCAAUGGCGGGUACUCCAGGGCCAUGUCGAUUUGCAGCAUGAGCUGGACCAUCGGAGCUUUCUUCGGGCCUAUCCUUUCAGGCUACAUGGCGGAGCAGAUUGGAUAUUACGAAAUGACCAGUGUGAUCGCGGCAAUGUGCGCUGUUUCCGGGGUCAAUACUUAUUGGAAUCUUGGGUCAAAGGCGCAUGUCAACCAUGGGAGCCUUGAACCGGAUCUACUUUAG